AUGACAUUGGAAAAGAAUCAGCUCAACGAAGUCAUGGCGGAUAUGCCAAAGGAAAACGAGGACGCUAUCCAGAGCAAGACUGGCAUAUACGUGAUUCUCGAAACUCUUGGUAAAGGAGCUUUUGGUGCAGUUUUUCGUGUUCGUCGACUUGAAGAUAACAAAGAGUUAGCGAUGAAAUGCGAAUCAUUCAAGAUGAAAAACCAAAUUUUAAAACAUGAAGCAAAGGUGUUCGAUAGCCUUCAUCAACUGGAUUCACCGCACUUCAUCACACUUCAAGAUCGCGGAAAAGUAUCAGGACGGUUCAAUUUUAUAGUAAUGAAGUUGGUUGGUAAAAACCUGUGGGAUCUACGCGUGGAAAUUCCCUGUCACAAAUUUUCACUGGUAACAUCUAUACGUGCGGCUGAACAGACGUUGGCAGGAAUCCGAGAUCUACACCUUUGCGGCUACAUUCAUCGAGAUAUUAAACCACCUAACUUUGCAAUAGGACGAGAAGAAGAUGGGGACCAACACACCAUUUAUAUUCUCGAUUUCGGACUGGCACGAUGCUACAGAGGUCCUGGAAAAGAUUUGCGAUAUCAACGUGUUAAAACAGCAUUUCGAGGAACUACACGAUAUGCAAGUAUAGAUGCUCUGGCGCUGAAGGAACAGAGCCGUAAAGAUGACGUCGAGUCUUGGUGGUACAUGGUAGUGGAGUGGAUGGUAGGACAACUGCCAUGGCGACAUUGUAGGGGAGCUCAAAAGGACAUCGUAAGAAAACUGAAGAUGGAUAUACGUGAAAGGCCGAUUUUGGAAAGGGUACUUCAAGGUGCCCCAAUAGAAUAUAUGGCAAAUAUCAUUCUCUAUCUAGAUACACUGCAAUAUAAUUCCAUACCAGAUUAUGACCACAUCGCAGCACAACUUGAAGCAUCCAUGCAAGCAUAUAAUUUAAAUUAUGCUGAUCCACCUGACUGGGAUUUGAUGGUUACCUAUCUGGGGCCGCGAUAUGUGAAGAAUGCGUCAUACAAAAUGUAA